AUGCUGCAAGCGUUGCUGAAUUUUUUCUACUGGCUUUUAGCACUAAUUGGUUUAGCCCAACAACAGCAAGGCUCGGUUGUGGUUUCGGAUGGUGGACGUGAGCAAAAUCAAGAGCAGGAAACAGCUGCCCAUCCUAGAGGUCAAGGGAUACGAAGAGGUAGAGGUGGGGCCGUUGCAUCGAAUAUUCGGAGAAGAAAUCAACAGCAACAACAGGAAGAAGCCCCUUCUGAUGAAGACACCUCUUCCGAUGAUGAUCUUCAAGAAGAUCAGGAAGAAGAUAUGGAAGAAAAUGAGGAAUUAAAUAUUCGGUCAAAAUUAUCAAGAAAUGAAAGAGUGAACAUGAAAAAGAUGGAAAAGAAACGUCAAAAACAAGCAUUAAAAGAACAACGAGAAAUGAUGGUCAACGCUGAACGAGAACGGCAAAAUCAAUUAAAGAAAAAAAUGGAAGAAAUGGAAAUGGAGAGAGAAGAAAAAGAAAUGGAAUUGAGAGAAAAAGAGAAGGCUGAAAAAUUAGAACUUGAAAGAAAAAAGCAAGAGGAAUACGAAGAAUGGAGACACUUGUUUGAAGUUGAAGAGCAAGGUGAAGCAGCUGACUCUGACAUUGGUCACAAUGAAAGUCUCUUGUCAGAAUUUAUUAAUUAUAUCAAAGACCACAAGGUUGUCAUUUUGGAAGAUUUAGCAAGCGAAUUUAAAAUGAAAACCGAACACUGUAUCAAUAGAAUUAAAUUAUUGGAACAAGAAGGCAGAAUUACUGGGCUACUGGACGAUCGUGGUAAAUUUAUUUAUAUUUCACGAGAAGAAAUGGAAAAAGUGAAACAACACAUCCUCCAAGAAGGCAGAAUUAGCAUUCAAGAACUCAAAAACGUCUCUAAUCGUCUGAUCAAUCUGAAGCCCAAGGAAGAGGAUGUAAAUAUUGAGGAAAUUCUGUAA